GUGAAUAUGACUGCAGAUAACGAUGGGCGUUUUGACUGCGAACAUUUGGAUUUUGAUAAAUACGAAUAUGAUGGUCAAAAUUUGACUAAAGUUGGGAAAGUGAGUCAUUACGCCUUUCCGUACAAUAAUUUACCAGSCAACUGUGCCGCCAUCGAUAAAAUCAAACGGCAGGAAAAUGGAGUCUACCGCAUCAAAUCCAAUCCCCAACCGUCUUUUUAUGUCUAUUGUGACAUGGUAACUACUGACGGAGGAUGGACAGUUAUACAGAGACGUCUGGAUGGCGCGGUUGAUUUUUACCGCGCUUGGAACGACUACAAACAGGGGUUUGGUAGCAAGAACGGUGAAUAUUGGCUGGGACUAGAUCGUAUCCACGCUAUGACGUCACAACGAAGUUUCCGGCUUCGUGUUGACUUGGAAGACUUUGAUAAGAACACGCGAUACGCGGAGUACGAUACUUUUAGUAUCGCUGAUGAAGCUAACAGUUUUCGCCUUUCUAUUGGCAACUACUCAGGUGAUGCAGGUGAUUCUCUCCACUAUCACAAUAAUAUGGCUUUCUCCACCAAAGAUCGAGACAAAGACACGAGCAAUGACGCAUGCGCCGUGAAAUACUCUGCCGCAUGGUGGUAUGCUGACUGUCACCGCAGUAAUCUUAAUGGUCUUUAUUUGCGUGGCACCACUAGCCAGUUUGGAAAGGGUGUAAUUUGGUAUACCUGGAAAGGCCAUUAUUAUUCUCUGAAGAGGUCCGUUAUGAAAAUUAAGCCUAAAUAUUGAAGAUUAAAAUUAACCCUUUCUUCUUUGCAUACAAGUCACGCAAAACAUAGACUAAGGGUGAAAAUAAAACACGCAAUAUUUGGUAUAGAAUACACGCACAUUGGUCGAAAACGGAGGUGCUAUAGAACAUGAUGUAGAAAUAAAGGAAAGGAAUAUUGCUUAGAAGGAGGUUAUUCCGGAUGAAAGGCUCUUGGAAAUAAAUCAUAUCAAAGAAUUGUAUAUCAUUCGUGCGGGUUC